AUGUCCUCCCGAUUUCCCCCAUCGUCCGGGUUCAAUUCCCGUGACCGUUCUCCGCAGCGAUUUGGAGACCGUCGCCCCCCAGUCGGUCCUCGUGGCCCCGACGACGCGCCUGCACCAUUCGGUAGAGAUCCACCCCGUGGUCCUCGGGCCCUUGUCGACUCUCCCAGGGGUGGUCAUUUUGGUGGUCGUGGCAGAGGUUAUGGCCGUGGUGAUUUUCGUGAUCGCGACCGAGACCUACGAGAUCGUGACCGAGAUCGCGACUUUCGAGACAAUCGCGAUGGUCCACCGUUUCGCCGAGAUAUGGAUCGUGACUGGGUUCGGCGCGACCGCGAGUUCGAUCCUCGAGAUAAUAGGAUUGGCUUCGGCCGAGGUCGCUCAAGGUCACCGACACGCGAUUUUAGGGAUAUGAGGGAGCCUCCCGCACGCGACUUUGAUUUGAUUCGGAUGCGACGGAAUUCGAGGGACAGCAUUCUUUCUGCGUCUUCAGGGGGUCCGGAUGGUCCACCGCCUAACACCGGCCAUGUACCUCGUGGAGCUAUGCGAGGACGCGGUCGCGCAGACUGGGAAGGGGGUCGUGGUCGCGGUCGUCCGGCAUUCUUCGAUGACCGGGAUCUCUUCCGUCGACGCAGUCGCUCUCGGGAACCCUGGCGCGGACGCGAUCGGCUGCUGGAUCGCGACAGAGAUCGAGGCUUGGACCGGGACCGUGCCGCAGAUCGCGACCGGAUGAUAGACCGAGAUCGUGAUCGAGACCUUCCACGGCCUCGAGAUCGGGAGCGUGAGCAAGACCGAGAUUUGGACCGUCGAGAUCGCUUUGACCGUCGCGAAGAUAGGGACAAUAGACGGCCUGAUCGCGAAGACCGUGAUCGCCCAGUGGACUUUUGGAAGCGAGAGCGUCCCCCAAGUCGUGCAGCUAGCGGCUCAACCACCUCUUCACACCCCCCCACAGCAGCAGGCACUGGGUUUGUGCCAGCCCUUGCGGAUCGCCUGUCUGACCAUCCCCAAGGUGAUCAAGGUCGGAAAGCUCCAACACAACCCAGCAUUGCGGCUCCAGAGACUGCGCACGAUCCCACACGAAACGACCCUCCUGUUCGGCCCCUUUCUCUUAGACCGGAUAUUCCUCGAUCUGAUGUCGCUCAUCCUGAUGCCACUCGUCCUGAUACCACUCGUCCUGAUGCCGCUCGACCUGAUGCCGCUCGACCUGAUGCCGUUCGACCUGAUGCCGCUCGUCCUGAUGCCGCUCGACCUGAUGCCGCUCGACCUGAUGCCGCUCGACCUGAUGCCGCUCGACCUGAUGCCGCUCGACCUGAUCUUCCGACGGAGUCUGGUCCUAUUGUUCGACACUCACCGCCUCCAGCCGCUCCUCCGGUGCCCGCCUUUGGGUCGGUAACUGCCCUUCUUCCGACUACAUCCUCAAGUAAUGAUUCUUUCGAGACAGGGAUGCCGCUAGAUUCUGUUUUGCCUUCCUUGCCCUCAGAGAAAGAGCACAAUGAGGUUGCGCAACGCAGACCACCACAGCCUCCUACCGGACCCAAAGCGGAAAGAGCAGAAAGAACCGAGACCACACAGCCACUUGAGCCUCGUCGCCGCCUCGAAACUCAUCGCGAACCGGGGAAGCAGCAAGUAGGGCCUCCUCUACCACCUAAGUCAUCUAUCCAUCUACCGGACGUAUCACCACCCACUGCUCCAGCUGCCAUGACUCGGCCAGAUCCAGCUUUGGGACCCAGCGACGCGUUUGGGACUGGGCGGUCGAACUCUCUUACUCGUUCCCCUACCUUUGCCCGACUUCCACAGCGUGCAAGAUCCCGUGAGCCUUCCAUCUCACCCCGGAUGCAGCCAUCCGGUAUUCCAACCGGCCCUCGAGCGUUGCAACGGCAGGCUCCCUCUCCGCGUGGUCGUAAAGGCAGCAAGCAAUGGGUUCGACCUGGCUAUGGUCGAACGCCCCCCUUUCCUAAUGCACUGCCGAAACAAGAGUCUUAUGAUGACCAUGAAACAAUUCCCCCUACAACUGAAACCAAGCGGAAAGACCAUCGUCCUCCGCCUUCACCGGAUAUCGACGGCCCUGAGAGCGGCGAGAUUAUCCCCCAGGAGCCCGCGAAGAACCCAUCUCCUGUUUCUCCAUCCAUGAAUCUUCCUUUGCAUCAGCUUUCCUUGGCUGCUGAAACUCGACACAGUGAUGCCAGAGUGGUCACCCAACAGGCCAGCAAUGAUAAAGCCAAGUUGAUACCGAACUUUGAAGGCUCCAGCGAUGAGGAAGAUGGAGAGAACAUCAUUUUCACCCAAGAGUAUCUUGACGAGAGAAGGCGGCUAUUUGAAAAGGAUAUGGAGUCACUCCGAGCAGAACUACCACCGUCUCCACUGGAAGAUCCAGAAAUUGUCGCUCAUCUCCUCAAAAUCCAGCUACUCGGAAUUGUAGCCAACAAUGAGGGAACGGAACCGCCGAUAGAACAACCCGAUGGACGACCCGCUGAAAGCCCCUCGGAGCGACCAGUGGGCGAUGUACCCUCAUUGGAGAGUGAAGUACCAACAGAUCGCCCAAGCAGCGAGGGAAUGACCUCUUUAGCUCGUGAAACCCCCGGACAGGAACCGAAGCCAAUCACGGAUACUGUCAUACCUCCUAUGGUAUCCAGUGGCAAUGUUACCGUCGACACGCUGCCAUUUUUGCAUACAGGUCCACCCACGCCUAUCCAGGAUAUGGCGGUAUACUGUGAAAAUAUUGCCACCCAGAAUCGCCUCAAGGAUAAAAUCAGCACAGAGCUUUCAAAGAUUCGAGGAGAGGUUUUCAGGAAAAAUGCGAUUCUCCGUGCUGAGUAUGUGUCUCAUUACAAGCUUUGGCGAUUGGCUAUUUGGGAGCUUGACCGCAUGAAGGACAAGAAGUUAGAGACUCCUGGACCAGCCUCCCCUUCGGUGUCCACGGUCCCAACUACACCGGCACCCAUUCCGGAAGGCCGUGAAGGUCGUCGGCACAAAGGCAAUAGCGAGCUCGAUUUCCUCAAUGCUUUGAAAGCCUCCGAAAUCUCAGCGCAAGAAGAGCGGGAGCGUCGGCGGAUCAAGAUGGCCACUGCUCAGCCUGACUUGGGCCGCGAAGCAGUCAUUCCAGACAUGCUCGAACCGCGGGAGAAGAAGGCACGUGUUUACAAAGAUGUUAACAACACCAUCGAGUGCAGUAGGGCUUUAGAAGUCUUCGGCUUUGCGCCACCUCCCAAUGACUUCACCCCGGAGGAGCACGCGAUAUUCACCGAUGCCUUCAUGGCACACCCGAAACUGUGGGGCAAGAUCGCUGAAUCUUUGCCUGGUCGAAAUUUCCAGCAGUGUAUCAUUCACUAUUAUCUUACCAAGGAAGAGAUCAAGUACAAAGCCAAACUCAACAAACGUUGGAGCAAGCGUGGUAGGGGGACUCGAAAGGGCCCACGACCAAAGUCCAAUGCUCUCAUUGCAGACUUGGGCGUUGUGAAACCGGACUUCGUCGGCGAAGAUGAGCCACCCGCUGUUACUGAUACUGGCCGUCCAAGACGUGCGGCUGCACCCACCUUCGGCGAUUCCACCGAGGCAGAGAGUGCGUCAACUGGCCGUCGUGGUCAGAUAGGAAAGGACAGAGAAUCAGUUGAAAGGUCAACUCCUCGACGUGGCGGAAGAGGCGGAAAUUCUCGUGGCGGACGGCGUGUAAAGAACCCUCAACCGGACCCGAAAGCCCAGGUGGCCAUGCCACAGGGUAAUCUCCAGCCAGAUGUUUCCCCAGCGCCUCCUCGCCCUGUAAGUGAGAUACAGUUGGUCUCAGACAAUAGCAUGGAAGCGUUUGAUGCUCGGGAGGCCGAGCGUGCAGAAAAGGAUUCCUUGCACUCAGUCCCGAGAGGUAGAGUUGGACGCGGGAGGACGAAAGAAGGGGUCUAUGUCUUUGAGUCUACAGAAGUCGAACCCGUGUCAAUCAAACAGCCCGAGACGGGGUAUGGGUCUUUACAGCCGACAAGCUACUGGUCUGUACCGGAGCAGCGUGAUUUCCCAGCUUUGUUGGGUCACUUUGGCCGCGAUUUUGAGGGCAUAUCGAGUUGGAUGAAGACAAAGACGACAGUGAUGGUCAAAAACUUCUAUCAACGCCGUCUGGACUCGGGCCAGAAAGACUUCGAGAUGAUUGUAACAGAUGCAGAGGAGAAAAAGGCUCGUGGUGAGCCCACAGGGCCGCUUCCUGUGCCAAGUGUUGCUCCCAAACGACGAUACGAGGCCACUCCGUCCUCGAUCAUUCCUCGUCCGCUUGCUCCUCAGGGUGAUCCCAUGGCUGAGAUCGAAGACCCGCGUUACACCUCCAAAGGUAGACCCGUUGGACUUUCCCCACAACCAAUUCCCCUGCACGGGCGGCCGUUGUCCGAGAAAGAGCGAAAUGUCGGUCGUUACCAGCCGCUUGCACAAGCUUCCACUGCUUCAGCAGUGCCUUCGACUGCAACUCUCAUCGAAGAAUCAACUCGGGCAAUUCGCGCCCAAGGGGGCCCCUCACACCGCAUACAGGGCCCCCGCCUUGGAUACUUUACAGAGGAUAGGCGGGACUCCUCGAUAAUGAGUCCGCGUACGCAAGACCUGCCGAUACCGUCGCGCCAUCCCGGCUCCAUGCCACCAGAGAUGGUACGAAUGGACCAUAUGUCUCCACAGGCAUAUAUGCCUUCACAGCAGCCACCACCCAUCCUCUCAUCGAGCCACUCGCGUCAUCCGAGCUCGCCUAGCCAGCAGUUGAGACCAGAAUUGGAUAUCCCAUCUUUUCACCGCGACCCUUUCGCCCAAAGAUCCUAUUAUCCACUUACAGGACCGCCUGGUGGUAUUCCCCAGUCCCCUCGCCCUGGCUUGUCGCCAGUCAAGGAUGUGCCUCGUCCGAGUGCGACUCCUGGCCCGGAAGGAGCCCGGCAUGUACCCGCUAAACGGUCCAAUAUCAUGAGUAUUCUCAACGAUGAACCAGAAGAGCCUCAACCACGCAAGAGGUUCGCUGGCGAACAAGGCCCGUCCGCCCCUACUGCAACUACAGGCAUCACUUCAAGGCCCGUGUAUCAGGCGAGCGGGUCAUCCCGCCAAGAAGAUAGUGGCAUGUCAGGGUUGUCGCAAAAGCCGUCUGGCUACGCCCAGCAAAGUCAAUAUCAACCAACUUCUCGCGGUUAUUCAGAUUAUUCUGGCUAUGGUCCCCCUCAUAGUGGCGCAGGCACGUCGGCGAACAAUGAUUGGAUGGCACGAUUCGAUCCGCGAGCGCAACAGAAUCCUGCGCCGCCCCAGGCUCAGUCAGUUCCAGCACAGCAGCAGCAGUCUCAACAGCAGCAUCAACAGCCGCAAAGCAGUCGCCAGGGUCCUUAUUCGUCUUAUGCUGUAACACCUAGUCAGCCUUCAGUUCCUCUGACGAAUCUUUCGGUGCCAUCUCCUGCGCCGACUCCCCCGCCAUCAGUCGGACCCCAAAGAUCGGCUUAUUCCAACGUCUUCUCCCAACCAUCCUCUGCGCAAACGGCUAUGUCGUCGGGUUCGCGAGAUAUUGCCUCACAGCCUGCAUCCUACCGGCCAAGCUCACCUGGCCCGCGUUCCAGUAUGCCGUUUGGAACAAGACAAGAUCCACCGAUAACGGCGCAAUCUUCUGGCAACUUGUAUGGUAUGCAUUCACGCCAGUCCGCAACCCCAGCUUCGUACUCCUCAGCUGCGCCACCUACGCAGAACCCGACACAACAACACAGCUAUCAACAACACGUGCAGACGAUGGUCAGCGGGUCGCAUCAGCCGCAAUCCCACCGCUCCACUCCGGUCAAUUUGCCCGGUGGAUCUUCACAAUACGGACACGACACUCCUCCCCCACAAUCUCAGGCCGGUCGGUCAAUGGCAUCGCUGGCGAGCCUGGGACGCUCAUACACUCCACCGGCAGGCCUGCAUUCAUCCAUGAGCGGACCUGCCAUGGGUAACUAUGCUCCCACUCAGUCGUCUACCCCUGGAUCUAUGCCGCCGCUCCACCAACGACCUCCAGGAUCUCUAGGGGAUACUGUCGCUACUCCAACACAUCACCGAGGUUGUAGCCAUGAGUCGGUACAAGGCGGACUACCUGGGUCAUUACCACCGCCGUCGCAACCACGCUAA